GGCCCUUCCCGGCCGGCGGGAUCGGAAUGGAACCAGGGGACACGAGGGAGCUGGAGGUGGAGCCGCCCCUGGAGAGGGGCUGCGGUGAGGGGCAGCAGCCACAGGGAGUAUCGGGCUCGGUGCUGGCCGCCCCAAGGGACCCUCUGUGGGCAGCAGAAGCCCCGGAGGGAGCGGUCAGCGCCGGGUCUGAGGGGACGAUGGCGCGUUCCGCUCCAGAGCCCCAGGGAAUGGUGUCGCGGUCACCUGGCCACAGCAGCCGCAGGAAUCUCCCAAAAGGCCGCUGGCCUUGGGACACUGAGCAGUGAGCUCUGUGCUCCCGGUGCCGAGCGCCAGGCGAUGCCGUGUGGAUGAUCCCGAUCUCUCUCUCCUGCCUAGGAAGAGCCAUUAUUCCCCGACCCUGGAAGCCCUGGUGCAGCUCGCCGGUCUCCGUGUUCGGGGGUUUAUGCGGGAAUCAGAGCAGAAUGGAUCGGUAUCGGUAUUUCAUUUUUAACCAGAGGAACAUGGUCGUGCUGGGGAUGUUCCAGAUUGCCUUCAGCACCGUCUGUGUCACCAGUGGGGUCAUAGAUGGCGUUUUCAGGACCGAGUCUGAGCUGGCCAAAACCAGAGCUCCAGUUUGGGCUGGCAUGGUGAUGGGAAUCCCAGGCGUCCUGGCUUUGUUCUCCUCGCAGAGGAAGAAUCCAGUUCUUGUGCAUGUACUGAUAGUUUGUUCCAUAAUCUCUUGUGUUGCCAUCUUCAUUGUAAUAGUUUAUAGCUCCCUCACACUGAACUAUGGUGAAGAGGAGGAGCUGAGUUCUGCCCCAGUCCAUGUUAUCCAUACUAGGUUCAUACUCAAUGCAGUUGUCAAGGGGGCUAACAUAGCCAUGCUGGCUGUGUCCAUCUGCAGUGCCUUUUCUGUGCUGGCCAUGGCUUACUUGGGAUGCCGGAGCCUUCCGUGCUGCUCCUGCUAUGACAGUGUAACUGGGAUGGAAUGGUUGCAGCCUAAUGAGGACCAAAAUCAGUCUGUGGAAAUGAUUUGUGCUGUAGAAAGCCCCGUGGGGAGAAUUUUUAACUUCACAGAUCGGUUUCCAGCCCAGGAUGUAGAUGCAGAAGAAGACACAUCCAAACCUCCACCAUUUAUCAGAAUGACUUGAAAAAGUGGCCAAACAUUGUGUUCAAAUGUGGCAGGAGAGAUGCAGUAAGUUCCUAAUCUUAAAAGAUCGUCAUGGACUUUUCCUUGGCCAUUUGAAAAACACACAGAGAGUGAACUAGUGAAUGCCCAGCACUGAGCAGAGACCACAGUGCAGAGGGAAACAUCUGCAGCUGAUUUUGAACUUUCAGACUUCGUACAGUGAAAAUACCUCAUUGCUUCUGGAAAGUGACAGCAUUUUUUAAUCUGGCUUUUGUACUUAAAUCAUGUCUUAUUUCACUAGAAUUCAUAAUGUAAUUUGUGUAGCAGUGCUACCCUUAGGCA